UCUUCAGUUUCCUUUUCCUUCUCGUUUUCGUUUUCGCUAUACUUGGCCAUAGAGUACCAGUGAUCAAGAUUACGGAAUCAUUUUGUCCUCCGUCUCGUAUCGCGAAUACGCGACAAGUCAACAGCGAAGUACGUCUGCAGAGAAAACCGUGGAGUACCAGGAAGUGAAGUGAUGGCACAAGUGAUGCAGUAUCAACAGAUGUGCAUGCCGACGAUGUCGCCGAUGCCAGGCAUGGCGCCAUUGUCUAGCCUACCAAUGCCGAUGCAUCAACCUGCCACAAUUGACUACGGAAGUUCAGGCAUUCACUAUCAACCGUAUAAUCCGGCAUUAAGCAGUCAUCAUCUUCAGACCAGCCAAUCCAGCUACUGGUAUCCUGGCUCAACGAGUCACAGUCAAAUUACGGAGCCGCUCACGCCGCCGGCGUACACGAUGCCAAGUGUUUCUAGCAGUACAACCUCGUGGACCACUCAAACUCAUCUCGCGCAGCCUCAACUCACGGCUAUCCCCGCGAUUCAACACUACUCGCUGCCGCCAAGUCCGCCGGAUCUUCCACCGAGUCCUCAAGAUCACGCUUCCUCUUAUCAGUGGCCCCUCACCCCACCAGCGGAUCACCACUUCUUGACCACGGAGGAUACCGGAAAAUCUGGCAGAAAGUGUAUAAGAUGUCGAUGCCCGAACUGCCAAACGGACAACGGAGCUCAACUCGGAGUCGACGGCAAGAGACAGCACGUAUGCCACGUGCCAGGAUGCGGUAAAGUGUACGGUAAAACUUCUCAUUUGAAGGCACAUCUCAGGUGGCAUACCGGCGAACGACCUUUCGUCUGCAACUGGCUCUUCUGCGGCAAAAGGUUCACCAGGAGCGAUGAACUGCAGCGUCAUCUUCGAACGCACACGGGAGAGAAAAGGUUCGCUUGUCCUACGUGCGGCAAAAGGUUCAUGAGAAGCGAUCAUUUGACGAAACACGUGAAAACGCACGAGAAUCAAAAGAAGAAAAGCUCCGCGAGCAAAAAGGAAUCCAACAAGGAGAACUCGUUGCCCCCUGGAUCCACGCAGAAUCCGUAUCCUUCGAUCGGUGGACAAUACGCUAUGAUUUAGGCUCGGAAAUGGCAAGCUGGAUUGAAAAUG